AUGGCAUAUGUUCCACCACACAGAUCGAGAACUGAAGGUUCCGGCGACUCAUCAUCGUCUCCCGUUUCUUCUUCCAGAAAAGGAGGAGAUUUCUUUGGACACGACGAUGGUAAUAACAGCAGAGAUGGCUAUGGUAGCUACGGUGGGAACCGUGGUUACGGUGGCAAUCGUGGUAACCGUGGUUAUAGCGGUUAUGGCCGUGGCGGCAGAGGCUACGGCGAAGGUUAUGGUCAAAGAGACAAUGGCUACGGAGGUAGAAAUGGUAGUUACAGCAGAGGCGAUAACAAAAGGUAUGGUCAAGGUUCUUUUACGGACGGUGUCCACCAUCCUGCUCCAAAGAACGAAAAAUUGGAACGGGAAUUAUUUGGUGAUCCAGCCGAGGAGAAGGCCCCUUCCGGUAUUAACUUUGACAACUAUGAUGAUAUUCCCGUUGAGGUGUCUGGAGAAGGUACACCAGAUCCAAUUAAUCAAUUCACCUCGCCACCAAUUAACGAGCUCUUACUGGAAAACAUUGAGCUUUCCCUUUUCAAUAAGCCAACCCCAGUUCAGAAAUAUUCUAUUCCGAUCGUUGGCUCUGGCAGAGACCUGAUGGCCUGCGCUCAGACUGGUUCUGGUAAGACCGGUGGUUUCUUGUUCCCGGUUUUGAGCUCUUUGUUCGAAAAUGGUCCUUCUCCAGUCGCUAACGAAGGCAACGUCUUUGCAAGAAGAAAAGCCUACCCAUCCGCUUUGGUUCUCGCUCCAACUAGAGAGUUGGCCAUUCAGAACUUUGAAGAAGCCAGAAAAUACGCCUACAGGUCGUGGGUGCGUGUUUGCGUUGUCUACGGUGGUUCUGACAUUAACAGUCAACUUAGAAACCUAGAAAGAGGCUGCGAUUUGAUUGUUGCCACUCCAGGUAGAUUAAAUGAUAUGCUCGAAAGAGGCAGAGUUUCUUUGAAGAAUAUCCGUUUCCUAGUUUUGGACGAGGCCGAUAGAAUGCUAGAUAUGGGUUUUGAACCUCAAAUUAGACAUAUCGUGGAUGGAUGUGACAUGCCUUGCGCCAAGGACAGACAGACUUUGAUGUUCUCCGCUACCUUUCCUAAGGAAAUUCAGGUUAUGGCCAGAGACUUCUUGGAUAACUACAUCUUUUUGUCCGUUGGUAAAGUUGGUUCCACUUCAGAGAACAUUACACAGAGAAUUUUGUAUGUUGAAGAUGACGAAAAGAAAUCGAGUUUGCUGGACAUCCUAUCUGCGACUGAUGAUACUUUGACCACUGGUUUGACAUUGAUUUUUGUUGAGACCAAGAAAAUGGCCGAUAUUUUGUCUGACUUUUUAAUCUCUCAGAAUUUCCCUGCUACUUCGAUUCAUGGUGAUCGUACUCAAAGUGAGAGAGAAAGAGCUUUGGAAAUGUUUAAAACUGGUAGGGCUCCAAUUUUGGUUGCUACUGCAGUUGCUGCCAGAGGUUUGGAUAUUCCAAAUGUUACCCAUGUCAUUAACUACGAUUUGCCGGGUGAUGUCGAUGAUUACGUGCAUAGGAUUGGUAGGACUGGUAGAGCUGGUAAUAACGGCCUGGCUACUGCAUUUUUGAACAGAGGUAAUAGAAACGUUGUCAAGGACUUGAUCGAUCUUUUGCAUGAUUCUAAUCAAGAGGUUCCUGAUUUCUUGAGUAAUAUUGCCAGAGAGAGUCCAUCUGGAAGAGGAGGCAGAGGAGGUAGAGGCAGAGGUAGAAGUACUCCAUAUAAGGACUACAGAAAGUAUGGAGGUGGAAAUAGUGGCUCCUCAAACUGGGGCUCCAGAAGCAACGGCUACGGCGACAAUGGCUACGGAUAUAAUAACAGUAGCAGUGGAAACGGCAAUGGCAAUAGCAGCUAUGGCAGCAAUAAUUACUCUUCGGCUUCUUCUUCCAACUCUCAAUGGUGGUAA